UGCGGGGCCUUUUCCCCAAUGUGGUGAACGUGGGGUCUUUUCGGGGGCCUUUGGACAAUCAGCCCCAGUUGCAAGACCCUUGGACCUUCCACAGUGCCUUCUAGACCUUUUGUUUGGUCAGGGGACUGCUUCAUAAACCAAACCAAACAGCUUCCACUCUCGCUUUUUAACAAACGUUUUUCACGGUAAUAAUCAAUUUACUUGAUAACAGUCCCCAUCCUCGUCUGUCGCAUAUCCAAAAUGGGCUCCAGCGGUUUGAAGUACCCUGUUCGGUACGAAGAUCCCGAAUACCAAGAACAACAUAGCACCUUAUUCUUAGGCAAACUUUUGCGUCCGUUGGAGGAGGUUCUCCCACCUGGUGUGAGUAAACAAGAUUUCGACCUUGCUAUUGGCGAGUUCGAGAAAGUCGUCGGCAAAGAACAUAUCUCGCUGGGCGCGUCUCUCGAGGAGUAUGUCGAUCCCUAUGAAUUGUGGGAAAAUGACGGCAAGCGAAAGAUGCCCAGUGGGGCCGUCCGCCCUGCUUCGAUGGAGGAACUGCGAGGAGUAUUGAGCAUUGCGAACAAGUUUGGAAUCCCAGUCUGGACUUUCUCGCGAGGCAAGAAUCUGGGCUACGGCGGCCCUGCUCCGCGGCUGAGUGGCUCACUUGCCUUGGAUCUGCACCGAAUGAACAAAAUCAUUGAAGUCAAUGACAAAUUCUCCUACGCAGUUGUCGAGCCAGGCGUCACAUUCACCGACCUAUAUGACUACUGUGUAAAGAACAAACUUCGAGUCUGGCCUAGUGUGCCAUCACUUGGCUGGGGCAGUGUCGUUGGCAACACCGUCGAUCGAGGAACUGGUUUCACUCCCACGGCAACACAUCACCAGCAUAUCUGCGGCGUGGAGGUGAUGCUCGCCGAUGGAGAUGUGGUCAGGUCCGGACAAUUUGCUAUAUCAAACUCACCAUCCUCACACCUGUCAAAGUUCACCUUUGGUCCGUCGAUAGAGGGUCUUUUCCUGCAGAGCAACCUUGGCAUUGUCACCAAACUCGGUAUCUGGCUACACCCCCAACCACAAGCAUAUAUGUCCUGCUCUUGGGACAUGCCUAAUUUCGAAGAUGUGGAACUCAUUGUUGAGAUAUUCGGAGCGCUCCGAAGGGAUGGUUUGUUGCCCAACACCGUCUACGUCUCAAACAUUGUCGAGUGGCUUGGUAUGACGGGGAAACGAGCAGAACUGUGGCCACAUGAGGGUCCAAUCCCUGACUGGCGGCUCAAAGAGCUCCAGAAGCAACUCGAUUUCGGAUACUGGAACAUCAAGUUCGGAUUGUACGGAGCCAAAGAGGUGGUUCAGGCGCAUUUCAACGAACUGAAACGAAUCAUCACCAAGGAAGCUCCUGCUUCCGCACACAGGCUACAGGGUCAUAUCUUCUCCGGGGAGAACGAGGUGCUCCUGGAAGCAACGUCGAUUCCGGAUCCUCACGGUGGCUUCUUCGUCGGGGUGCCCAGUCUGUGGAGCUUGCCGAUGGUGAAAUAUCGGCUGCCGAAAGAGGGCGGUGGCAUCGGCGCACAUGCUGAUUAUUCUCCUAUCAUUCCAUCCUCUGGCAAAGCCGUCUUGGAGUGGGUGACAACAGCCCGCAAGAUCUGCGAAGCGCAUGGCUUCGACCUAUUUUGCGAUUUCUUUAUGCAUGAACGACAUGUCAUCUUCGUCAACAUGAUGGUUUUUGACAAGACGAAUCCAGACCACAGACGUUCCGUUGAUACGAUAUUCCGCAGUUUGUACAAGGAAGGACGACAACGUGGUUUCAGUAAAUAUAGGUCGCAUAUCAAUUAUAUGGACUUGGUGGCCGACUCCUACGACUUCAAUGACCAUGCUUAUCGGAGAUUCGUGGAGAGAAUAAAGGACACGCUCGAUCCGCAGGGAAUUCUGUCACCUGGUAAGCAGGGCAUCUGGCCUGCGAAGUAUCGAAAGUUCCGCGAGCGGCUGUAAUGAUAUGGUGGAAGUGGCCGGGCCACUGCAUCUCAUUGGAGGUGAUGGAGGCUUUGGCUCGUGUAAGCUUAAGCAUUGGUCUUCUCA